AUGCCAAGUGCUGUAGAAAUGGAAACAUUAAAUGAGCUUACAGCUAUAUUGAAGCCAUUUCAAUACGUAACAAGAGAAGCGUCUGGCCAAAAAUAUAUAACAAUUUCCAAAAUUAUACCAAUGAUUAAUUGCUUGACAACUGAACUGAAUAGUAUUAUACCCAAUUCAAUUGUUUUAAAAGAAUGUAAGGACGGUUUAAUUCGAGAGCUGAGAAAAAGGUAUGGGUCAAUUGAAUUAAAUGACCAUGCAGCAAUUGCUACACUUUUAGACCCAAGGUUUAAAAACCUACAUUUCCAAGACCCUGCUGCUUGCGGAAGAGCCAUACAAAAACUGAAAAAUAUGAUUAAAGGACAACAAAGCAGCUCAAGUGAGUAG